AUGUCUUUUCCUCUUACGAAAAUCACUUAUAAGCCCCUCAUCCACCCGGCUGAACAUCCAGCCUAUCGUUACAAUGGAUUUCACCCCGGCCGAGUCACAACGCUGCGAAAGGGCCAUGUAAAGCAGCCCGGUUUUCAAGCCUUUCCAGUCGAUGUGACCUGGGAACAGGAUUCGGCGAUUCCUAUGCGCGAUGGAAUAAAACUGUAUGCCGAUAUUUUCAGACCAACCCACGGCGAUAAGAUCCCGGCCAUUAUCCCUUACAGUCCGUACGGUAAGGUCGAUUCGGGUGUGCUGUCGUACGAUAAUAUGGGCCCUUACCGAAUGGGUAUUCCCUUCCAGCGACUGAGCGGAUACGAAACCUUUGAAGGACCGAAUCCCGCGGAAUGGGCUGAGCGGGGAUACGCUGUCGUUGAUAUCGAUGCUCGUGGGGUGGGCCACUCUGAGGGCAAUGUUGCUUUCUGGGGUCAGCAGGAGGCAGAGGAUAUUUAUGAUUCCAUUACAUGGGUCUCUCAGCAGCCGUGGUGUAGCGGGUCGGUUGUUCUAGCCGGAAAUUCCUGGCUUUCUAUCGCGCAGACGAAUUUCGUUUCUCGAUUCACUCACUCAGCGCUCAAGGCAAUUGCGCCAUGGGAAGGUCUGUCGGAUCCUUAUACGCAGCAGGCUUGUCGCGGUGGAAUCCCCAAUGUCCCUUUCAAUGAGAUGAUUGUUAGUAGUUUUGGUGGUCUUUCAAAUGUCGAGGACCUGGCAAGCAUGAUCAGAGAACAUCCCCUCUAUGACGAGUACUGGGAAAGCAAGAAAAUCGACACUACGAAGAUGGGCAAUAUCCCAGCUUACUUUACGGCUUCCUACUCCACGGGACUCCACUCGGAGGGUUCCUUCGAGGGUUAUCGCACGGCAUCUACAGCAAAGAAAUGGCUUCGGGUCCAUAACUCGCAAGAAUGGCACGAUCUCUACACCGUCGCAGCAAAUGAUGACCUGCAGCGCUUCUUCGAUUUCUACGCUAAAGGAAUUCAGAAUGGCUGGGAGGAUACUCCGCGGGUGAGGCUGACCUUACUUGGAUUCGAAGACAGUCCUGCGAAGAGUGUCAUCGAACGAGCAGAGGCGCAGUGGCCACCUGCACGUCUCCGUACCGAGAGGUACUUCUUGGAUGCCGCCACGGGGAGUUUGACUUCAAGCAGACCACAGAAUUCUUCGAAAUCUGUCCAUGAAGGACACUCUCUGACGGACUCUUCGGACUUCAAACUGGUCUUCCCAGAUUAUACCGAGUUGUGCGGGCGCCCAUUCGUCAAACUCUUCAUGUCAGCUCCAUCCCACGACGAAAUAGACGUCGUCGUUCAGAUUCGGAAAUUGUCCGCAUCUGGCAAUCUCCUCGAGUCGCUGAACUGGUCUCCUAUGCCCCUGCCUGCGCCGAAGGUUCCCAAUGUGAAUGUUGCCAAGCAUCUUGGUCCGCAGGGCAUGCUACGCGCUUCGCAUCGUGUGAGCAUAAUGCCUAGAUCUAGCGAAAAUGACGUUCCCUGCUAUGAUCACCGCAGCAGGCAGCCUAUCUCACCGGGUAAGAUUGUGGAGUUAAUGGUUCCGAUUUGGCCUAUUGGUGUCGUUUAUGAGCCCGGUGAGGGUCUUUUGCUCAGGAUCUCUGGCCAUGAUAUGUCGCUGCCAGAAACUGAGGCGUUAAAACCCCUUGAGCCUCGUGAUGAGAAUAAAGGACAGCAUAUUGUUCAUACUGGUGGGGAUUAUGAUAGCUAUCUUGUGCUUCCGCGCAUCGCGUAG